AUGCCCCUUCGCCAGAGCACACUGGGAUUCCGCCCGAGCCUGCAGAUACCAACAGCCUUCCACAUUAUGCCCAACAGCAAUAUGGACUGCAGCAGGACUACUACGAUGCACAGUUUUCAAAUCAGCCCCUACACCGAGUACCACCACCCAGGCAUCCUUUGGACCAGAACGGGCAAUCACAUUACGCUUACCAAGACCAGUACCCGCCACAACAGGGCCGACCACAUUCUCAAGGGCAGAAUGCCUACCAGACUUACAUACCAUUUCGGUAAAUCCUGGCUGCAUCAGUGCGGCACACGCGCAAGGAAAAACACUUUAUCUUCCUUUUCCAAUCACCUUUGA